AUUUUAACCUAGCUUUAUUUGACAUAUUUUUAUGUCUGCUUUUGCUCUUUAUAUGUUUACAAAUAAUGAAAUAAUAGCAAAUUUAUAGAAAAAUAAAAAGUAAAAAGAGCAAAUUAGCAAUAGCAAAACCUGAGCACAACAUAAAUAUCAUUUUGUGGAUAUGAUUAUUGUAUUUGGUAUUAUUAGUUAUCUCAAGUCUCAAAAUAAAUUCCCAUAACUGUAAGUAAAAUCAUAUAAAAAUGGAAACCGAUUCGGAUAUUACAUAUUAUAAUGAAAUUUCUCUAAUGAUGUUUGGGUUUGGAGAUAGCCAUAAACCAAAUCCAGAAACAGUUCGUCUUGUAGAAAGUAUUGUAUUGAAACAACUCAGAACUAUAGUGCAAGAGGCACUUAAAUAUUCUGAUGGAAAAAAUCUUAAAGGUGAAGAAUUAAUUUUUCUCAUGCGCCACAAUAAACAAAAAAUGAGACGGUUUGUGAAAUAUUUAAUAAACAAACACAACAAAUUGAAAAUACAAGUGGAUUUUACCGAAAUAAACCUAGACGUAAAGCCAAAAUCAGACCUUUUAGAAUUCAUUGAAAGAAUUGAUGAAACUGAAGAAUUUACGGAUUUAACAGAGUUUGAUGAAGUUAAAUAUGAGCGACAAUUGCGAGCAGAUAGAAUAUCACAAGCAUUAGAUGAAAAAAAGUAUCUCGACUUUUGUAAGGCUCGCUGUGCUUCAUUUUUAAGCAAAGAUACCACCUACAGGAGUUUGGUAAAAUUAAGGUUAUGGAUUGAUCCAAAAAAAGAGAUUAACUUCAAAGAUGAUGCUUUAGAUGUGAUAGCUUAUUAUGCUUAUGAAACUGUAGCAGAGAUUACUGAUUAUGCUUUACUUGUGAGAAUGGAUUCCAAAAGUGGAACAGAUCCAUUAAAACAUCUAACAGGUUCUUAUUACACAUCAACCAUGUUUAAUGGAAGACAUAAAUUUGAGGAACCCAAUCCAGAUUACAGUAAGGUAUACAUGAGUCAACCACCUAUAAGUGUAAAUGAAAUAAAAGAAGUUAUGAGAAGAGUGUGCACUCCUCAAGCGGGAAGGAUACAUUUUGGAGGAAAAUUACCAGAGACUCAGUAUUUAUUUGCUCUUUAAUUGACAAAAAUUAAUGUAAAUAUCUUUAAUAAUCUUAGGUAUAUAACUAAAAAUUUAAUAAUAAAAACUUUUUCUUUAAAUUCAAUUUUUUUUUCUAAUACAGUUAAUUCUGCUUUGUCAGACAAUUUGAGGUUUUGUUAUGUCCACCAGUAUGCCUGCCUAUCAGGACUACUUAAAAGAAAUCCAAUGUAUUUGUCAUACAUCUGCCUGAUUAUAGAGUCACUGACAUUGGCACUUUAUACAAGACAUUGGUUAAUACUAAUAGGAAUCUGUUAGAUGACAUUGAUAGUAUUUAAUUACUUUUAUAGGAAAAUAUAUGAUUUAAUUGGUAGAUAUGUGCCGAAAUAUCAAAUUUCAAAUCAUCCGCCAUGGUUCACAUGCAGCUUUAUUACAAAAAUUAAAACUAAACGUGUCAGGAAAUCUGAGAUAACUCUAAAUUAAAUAAUUUCAAACAUCUUUAAAAGAGAAAAGGAAUGCAAUAGAAUUCUGAAGGUUUACAAAAAAUAAACAGUUCAAUUUUAUAUACAAUAUACA